GGUAAAGCAUGUCGCCAUACUGUAGCUGCGCUCUUGCCCCUGCCCUGUCUGUAGAGUCCUUUGUAUGAAUUGCGAGCAAACAGGCAAUCCUACCGUGCCCCAUUCGCUUGCAGAUGACUGUAGCCGCUGGAUAGAAACAACUACUGUCGCUGCAAAUGCAUCUGUCAGAAAGAGAAAGACGCGCAAUAACUUCUUCAACAAUCGAGUGAGAGCCUACAGCUUUCAAAGUUACACCGUUUUACCUUCGUUUACCAAGUCCGUCGUUGAUAGUGCGACGUACGUUGAUAAUGUAAGUUUUUUUCUUUCUUCUGUAAAACCGCGAACGCAUGUGAGAGCAUCACAGUUUGCCAUUUUUAGCCUCCAACCGUAGACUUUUGCCAAGUUCGAGCAUCGGUCUUUAUAGUACCUUCAACUUUUGAGGACUCAAAAGUAGACGCCGGAGUGGAAAAGCUUGUGUGGAGAUUGAUGUUUUACUGAAAUGGACGUGAGAGUAUAUCCACCUCCACCACAGUCUUUAUCAGCAACAGAUUCUUCCCGAUUGGGACCAUUGCUGUAUCCUGAUUCCCCGUACUGCAAUAAGUACAACAGUGAGACCAUGUUCCUGGGCAUGCCAGAGGCUGGCCUGGACUUUGUGCCAACCAACCAGUUCCGUGUGCCUCCCAACCCCCACCAGACGCAGACCAGCACCAAGCAGACUGGACCCCUGUGGAAACGAGAAGGCCCUGCUCACUCCGAUGGCCCCCGGCUACCCUGGUCCUACCCAGUGCCCAGUUUGGGGGAUGAAGACUUCAACAUCCCCCCCAUCACGCCUCCCACCAUCCCAGAACACAUGCUGCACCCCCACCUACCGGAGUCGGAGUCUGGCUCCUACCACCCGCUGGCCCCCUCUCACUCCCAGAGUGGCCUGCACCCCUUCCACCUGCAGGGAAUGGACAUGAUGGGUCAGGAUGGAGGGCUGUUGAGCCAAAAUGGCGGCCUAAUGUCCAGCACCCUGUCUGUGAUGCAACAAAUGGUCAACUCCGAUUCCCGGUACAGCAGCCAUCAGCCAAUGGAAGCGCUCAGACCCAGGAGCCAAUCAGGCAUGGGACAUCAGAGUCAGCUGACCACCAUCAACCAAUCACAACUCAAUGCCCAGUUGGGACUGAGCGGGAACAAUGUUACCCAUAAUUCCCCAUCUCCCCCUGGGAGCAAGUCGGCCACACCCUCUCCUUCUAGUUCCGUACAUGAGGAUGACAAUGAAGAAUCAAUAAAGGCAGAGAAGCGACCGGCAGUGGUCGAGACUCCCAAAAAGCCCAAGACCCCCAAGAAGAAGAAGAAGAAGGACCCCAACGAACCCUCGAAGCCAGUUUCUGCCUACGCCCUUUUCUUCAGAGACACCCAGGCAGCCAUCAAGGGCUCCAACCCCAAUGCUACCUUUGGAGAGGUGUCCAAGAUAGUAGCCUCCAUGUGGGACGGCCUCGGAGAGGAACAGAAACAGGUGUACAAAAAGAAGACAGAGACCGCCAAGAAGGAAUACCUGAAGCAGCUGGCAGCAUACAGAGCAAGCCUAGUCUCACAGAGUUACAAUGAGCCAGGUGAGGUCAAAGUGUCCCAGGCCUCCUCCAUGCUGGGCCCCAAGCCCCCCGUGUUCCCCGGAUCAGGCCACCAGCACCCCCAGCAGCACCCCCACCCCCAUCACUCCCACCCCAGCCUCUACAUGAGCCACCCCUACCACCACCAGAGCCACCACCCCCACCCCCACCACCAGCAACAACAGUCCCAGCAGCACCAGGCCGGCCUCAGCCCCCACCUGUCCCCCCUCCAGGGUCUCUCCCGGGGGGUGACCCCGCGGCCCAGUGGACCCCAUUCAGGUGGGGUGUCUCUGGGCAGCAUGGCGGCGGUGUCCCCCCCUCCUUUCCAGAUCAGCCCGCCGCUCCACUCCCACUCCCACCUAGGAAUGCACCACCAGCAACAGCUCGGAGGACACCCGCUGUCUCUGCACUCACCCUCAAUGGGACAGGGAUUCCCUCUCCAAUCAGAUUUCCAGAACAUGCUCAACUCGUCCGGUGGGCAGGGACUGUCCCCAUCCAUGGACUACAGACAGGUGUGUCGGAAUGGGCCCAGCCAGCACCUCGACUGGACCAGCGAAUACUGUGGCAAUGGAGCUCUUCAGAGAGACAAGCCUCUGUUCCUGACCUGAUCUGACCUCUACACACCUCCACUCAACCACCCAUGGACCGGAUCGCAACCAGACCCGGUCCACAUUCAGUCCCACUCUUUAUUCACUGAACCAAGGCAUGAUUAUCCUCUCCCCCAGUAGAAAGUCCUUGACCACCACCCCCCACUCUGGCUGAACCAUCUGACCAACUGACCGUCACUCAAAAACAAGAAAGACAUAAGCACAUAUUGCAAAACAUCCAUAUUUUGAUAUUUGUGGUUCUUUAUGAUCUACCUUGAAAAAAAUCAUACUGAUGUUAUGAGUGGGUUUCGGAUACUUUUGUAACAAACACCCUCCCCUGAUAUUAGAUUUAAAAAACGUAAAGUUCUGGACUUUUUAAUUGUUGGAUGGCCAUAAAGGCAGAAAGGAAAUGUGCUCAAAGAGUUGAACGAAUAGGCAGCACUGUCAUAUCUACUGAUGUGUCGUUGGAUCGUUACUGAUAUAUCGUUAGAUUGUGUUUUGAGGAAGACAAGCUGAUGACCAUUUUUUGAUCAUGACCGUUGUUCAAAUCCGAGAAGUUAAUUUAGCACUUAGGGGCUUUUGGGGCUUUUUUUCCACACAUAGCAAGAUGUAAACCAAAACCCCAAACUAACAGACCUUUUGAAAGGAAAGACAAUAUGUUUUAGCCUUUGAAAGAAAUUAACAAAGAACACAUGUAUUAUAUUUCUAUCACUCUUUCUCUAUGUCUCUCUUUCUCUGUCUCUCUCUCUCUGUCUCUCUCUUUCUCUCUCUCUCUUUCUCUAUGUCUCUCUCUCUCUUUCUCUAUGUCUCUCUCUGUCUCUCUCUCUCUGUCUCUCUGUCUCUCUCUGUCUCUCUGUCUCUCUCUCUCUCUGUCUCUCUGUCUGUCUCUAUGUCUCUCUCUCUCUCUCUGUCUCUAUGUCUCUCUAUCUCUAUGUCUCUCUCUCUCUCUCUGUCUCUCUCUCUCUCUCUGUCUCUCUCUUUGUCUGUCUCUAUGUCUCUCUCUCUCUGUCUCUCUCUCUCUCUCUCUCUCUCUCUCUCUCUCUCUCUCUCUCUCUCUCUCUCUCUCUCUCUCUCUCUGCUACUGGACUGCCUUAGAGACUGCUGUGUGUCUUUGAGCAGAGUUGUGUUGCUCUUUCUAAACUGAUGAUGAUGAUGUUCAUAGGAUCCUCUGUGGACUAUGCCUCGGCUGGUUAGUGUAGCCAUCACGUCAAGCUGUACAUAGAUUUCUGUUUUACUCUUACUCCUAGAGUAUAAAAACAAAAGCUUUUUUUCCCCAAGUGCGGUGUGAUUGUGAAUUGGAUCACACCGGUUUUAAUUUAACUAUCAAAGAAUAAGGGAAAUUGAUUGAACAGCUUUUAUAGCUGUUUCGAUGCUAUUGGGCGUAAGAAUUGUCAAUAUAAUGAUAUUUGUAAGAUAAAACUUGGUAAAUCAGUUGUUUUCAUCCUCUGAAAUAACGUCGUAAACGUUGGCUGCCCUUUACCUGGAAAACAUCACAAAAUAUGAGUUUUGUGAAAGUAGACAAAUAAAAACAAGUUUUGUUUUGUACAAGGACAAAAUCCUUUUUUUGUACAACUUCUGGGCAUAUUGAUGAUAUGGAUUGUCAUCAACCUCCUGUAUCUGAAGUUGCUUUUCUUUUUAUCAGCAGAAAGUGUCUGAUAAUGAGAGAAGGAGAUUGGUAGAGACAGAUUGGCAGAGUGGCGAUAUAUAACCCUGACAUCUGGCUUGUCAUCGCUCUUCUGAUCGCUCCAUCACUCUCUCUCUUUCUCUCCAUCAAGUCUGUUCAUCAUGCUGCGCCUAUUUAUGAAACAAUAACUAGGUGUUUUUUAAGCCCUUAUGUUUAAUAGUGUUGAUGAUGGCUGUCUUCUCUGUUCCAUUUGGGCUCCUUUCUUUUGGCAGAAAAACGUCUCCAGGCAACAACAAUGUGAAGAAUUGUGUUCUUAUUUUUAGUUUCUAAUGUGUUUGAAAGAAAUAAAGUCAAACCUGUAUUUUUUGUGCAGUAAUCACUCA